AUGAUAAAGGUUAUACCUUCAAGUAUCAAUACAUACGCAUUUAGACAAUUAGUAUCUAUAAAGUCAAGAUGUAAAUUACAAUACUAUGAACCAUUGUACACAUCAUAUCAUGGAUCAACUCAACCAAUCGAUAUGAAUCAAUACAUUAAAGCUAAACAUACACUCAAAAGACAAUUGAAAAUUAAUCAUUCAAUAGAGAAUAAUACAUUUCUAGCUUUUAAAGUUAUGGAUAAUGAUAAACCUAUUGAUUUUAAAAAUGGAAUGAAUCAAUUAAAACAAGAAUCUUCAUCAUCAUCAUCAUCAUCGUUGAUCAAAGGAAUCAAUUUAGACCUAAGAUCAAUCAAAAUAGAAAAAAAAAAAGAAAUGAAUCAAAUCAAUGAUAUUUUAAUGGCAACUAGAGAAGGUUUGAAUGAUUCAAAUAUACCAAUUACUCUAUUUGUAGAUUAUGAUCAGACAAGGGACUAUUUACCUAAUCUAUUUGAUAUGGUGAAGAGAGAUAAAGAUCGUCGUGAUCACUUGGCAAUUGAAUUUGACAAUUAUUCAAUUCAAGUAGAUUGGAAACACUUUCAUACCAAGAAGAUAGUUUGGAAUGAUAUGGAGGAUAAUGAAAAGUUAAAACAAUUGGUUCAAAAUGCAACAUCAAAUGAAAGAAAAAACAAUUAUGAUUGGUGUACUUAUUUGGGAGGUGGAAUAGAUAGUGUUCAAGACUUGCACCAAUUAACAAAAGAUUAUGAGACUAAUCCUGCUAGUAGAUCAUUUGGGUUCCUGGUUGAUGAAUCUAAUCUUGCUGGAAACCCAUACUUUUUCAAUCGAUUCAUUAUUCCAACCUAUAUUUCACCUCCACCAAACUUUCAACAUUUGGUUGGGUUCAAAGAUAUGCAUUAUUCUAUUAGUGAUCAAGCCAAUGGUACUGGAGGUAGAGAAGAGAACAUUCAAGUGACCGAAUUACUAUCAACUAUAGUUCAUCAUGCUAUGCUUGCAGAAGAAGCGGAAAUGGAAUUAGAGGGAAUGUCUGCUAGAUUAUCAAACACAGCAGUGAUUCGACCGGAGUUGGAACCACAUAUCGAUGGCUAUCUACAACCAUUUGGUAAUUUAAAUAACAAACUCUCAGAGGAUGCAAAUGGUCAAAUCAUUUCCGAUCAAUCUAAUAAUAUUACUCGACUCGGACAAUUACUGUUAUCUGUAAACAAUUCAAGAGAAAUGGUACCUAUCCUAAAUGAUUUCCUAUUAUUUAUUUCUAAACAAUAUGGUUGUAGUAGUACAAGAAGAGAAGAUCGAUAUACAUUAGACAAUUACUCUAUAAAAGGAGCACCACACCUAAAUGACAUAGCAAUGGACCUUGCCUCUAGUAAUGGGUUCAUUGACAUUGUAAAGUAUUUACAUGAGAAUAGAACUGGAAAAUGUAUUACAAGGGGAAUGGAUCAAGCAGCAAAUAACCAUUUAGACGUCGUAAAGUUUCUUCAUUUUAAUAGAACUGAGGGGUGUUCGAGUGAUGCUCUGGAUGGAGCAGCUGAAAAUGGUAAUUUAGAGAUUGUUAAAUUCCUUAUUCAACAUCGUACAGAGGGCGGUUCAAAGGAUGCUAUGGAUUUGGCAGCUCAAAAUAAUCACAUUGAAAUAGUCAAAGUAUGUAACAACACAACUACAUUAUCAUAA